AUGGCUAUAUCGCAGGUCUCUGCUCAGACGGCGGCCAUGCCACGGCAAAGUUCAGCCGAGGACCGGGAUCCAUCAACGCAGCAGCAGCUUGUCGAGGCCGCUGUUGCCAGCUCUGAAUCCGAGAUUAAGCUGCCGCGUAUGGAGCUCUUCAAGCGCUAUCGACCUGCCGUCAUUUACUCUGCGCUUUUAUCUAUGGCUCUUAUCAUGGAGGGCAUGGAUGUCGGUCUCAUCAACAACUUUUUCGCCCAUCCGGCCUACCGUCGAAGGUUCGGCAACGAUUUCAAUGUGAAGGGUGAACUGGUUAUUUCUACCCAAUGGCAGACUAUCAUCGGUGCUGGUAACAACAUUGGCUCCAUUAUCGGUCUCCUGAUCAACGGUUGGCUCCAAUCUCGCUACGGUUCUCGCAGGGUAUACUUAGGUGCAAUGGUGCUCAUGGCAGGCACUAUCUUCAUUCUUUUUUUCGCGCAAAAUGUCGAGAUGCUUCUUGUCGGCAACAUCAUGUGUGGUAUCCCGUGGGGUAUCUUCCAGACCCUUACUACCGCCUACGCCGCCGAAAUUAGCCCCACCGCGAUGCGUGGCUACCUGACCGCGUGGGUCUCUAUGUGCUGGGGUGCUGGCUCCUUCUUAGCCGCUGGAGUGCUCAAGGGCACUAUCGACAUUCAGGGCAACGCUGGCUGGCAGAUCCCCUACGGUCUCCAGUGGAUGUGGAUCCCCCCUCUAUUUCUCGUUGCCUGGUUCGCGCCCGAGUCUCCCUGGUAUCUCAUCCGCCGCGGCAAGAUUGAUGAGGCUGAGAAGAGCCUGCGCCGCUUAGCUCGCCCAGGGCACUACACUGAGCAGUCAAUGCGCGAGACCUUAGCCCUCAUGCAGCAUACCAACGAAAUGGAGAAGGUAGAUGCCCAGAAUGCUAGUUAUGCUGACUGCUUUCGCGGCGAGAACAGGCGACGCACGGCAAUCGUCAGUAUGGCCUGGAUUAUUCAGAUCUUCAACGGCCAGUCCAUAACCAACUUUGCCGCAACAAUGCUCCGUGCCAUCGGUAUGAGCGCUUCCAAUGCCUUCAGCUAUACCAUGGGUAUUCAGUCAGUUAAUAUUUUCGCCACGGGUAUCGCCAUUGCUCUUAUGGGUUCAGUCGGCCGUCGCACAUUCUACCUUUACGGCUCAGCCUCUAUCGGCUUCUUCAUGCUUAUCGUUGGUAUCCUGGGCUUUGCCAUAAAAUCAGCCUCUGACGUUGCUAUCCCUGUUGCCGUCUUUCUCAUCUUUGUCCAAAUUGCUUUCAAGAUCUCUCUCGGCCCGACGACCUACGUUAUUGCUGGCGAGAUACCCUCGUCUCGAGUUCGUGCCCAGACUAUCGUCAUUGGGCGCUCCCUCUACGUCUGUGGCCAGGUUGUCGUACAGCAACUCAACCCCCGCAUGCUCAAUGAUGACCCUACCGCAUGGAACUGGGGUGCAAAAACUGGCAUGUUCUAUUUCGGCUUUUGCCUGCUCUGGGUAAUCUGGAUCUUCUUCUUCCUUCCUGAGACCAAGGAUCGAAGCUUUGCCGAGAUCGAUUACCUUUUCGCGAAGAAGACGCCUGCCCGCAAGUUCCGCAAUGCGCCAGUCGACUUAUUCGAAAUCAAUCCAGAGUACAAAUCUCAAGAAAAGUCUAGCGAGUUUGAAGGACGCGUCCAACAUAUCGAUGUUGUUAGCGAUGCGAAGCAUGCUGCUUGA